UGCCAAGUCAAGACCACGAUGGACAGGCCUCCCCGAACUCCCCUCCCCACCCUCGUAGACAUAGAGAAGUCUGCGCGCGAGAAGUUGUCGGAGUUUGCCUGGGGAUACUACAGUCGUCCUGCGGACGGACAAACGUACAGAGAUAACAUUGAGGCCUUCAAACGAUACCGCCUCAUCCCACGGAACCUCCGUGACGUGUCCAUCCGGGACACCUCCGUAACGGUACUAGGGACCCGGAUGGAUAUCCCAAUAGCCAUUGGGCCAACUGCUUAUCACCGAUUGGCUCAUGCUGACGCGGAAUUGGCAACCGCCAAAGGCGCGGCCGCCAUAAACACAGGGAUGGUGCUGAGUUCCUGGGCUAACCACUCCCUAGAGGAGGUGGCUGAGGCGACCCCUCCCGGGAUCCGCUGGUUCUACAUGCUGUUCUACAAAGACCGUGGUCACAUGAAGCGCCUGUUGGCUCGGACAGAACGCGCGGGGUACACCGCCAUAUUCCUCACAGUGGACCAGCCUUUUCUCCGGUUUCAAAUUGACAAAAGGCCUGUGACUUCUCCUGUUCCUAUUAGGCUUCCUAACAUUUUCGACGAAGAGCCGCCCCAUGCUCCAGGUAGUGCGGGGUACCGAGAGUAUAUGAAUGCUGCACUGAAGCAACCGGCGACGUGGGAAGACGUGCAGUGGAUCAGAGACAACACCCGCCUGCCUGUUGUCCUGAAGGGCAUUCUGUCAGUCGAGGACGCCAAGAUGGCCGUGGCACAUGGAGCGAACGGGAUCUGUGUGUCUAACCACGGCGGGAGGCAGCUGGACGGCGUUCCGGCAACUAUUGACGUUCUACCGGACAUCGUCCGUGCGGUUGGUGGUAAGGCGGAGGUUUACAUGGACGGAGGUGUCCGGACUGGGACGGACGUGCUGAAGGCCUUGACGCUGGGAGCCAGGUGUGUGUUCAUCGGCAGGCCCGCACUCUGGGGACUGGCACACAACGGUGCAGAAGGAGUCCAACAGGUUCUACAGAUUCUGAGAGAUGAACUCAGUUUGGCCAUGGCCAGGGCAGGCUGUGCCAAGAUGUCCGACAUCCAGCCAUCUCUUGUCGUGCACCAGUCGUAUUACGGCGUACCAACCCUCAAAGCAGUACCGAUGUCUAAAUAUUGAGCCACAAGACCAAAUCACACUCACAUAUAUGUGGAGACAAUAUAUGUUUAUAAAGUAUAACGAUUCUAUUGCAAUUGCGGAUCACUUACUCCCGCACCCGGUACAUGCUGGGUCACCUUCAGGUUUAAUUUGAGCUCCCUAUUAAUCAUCUAUAAAUCCCACCUACCACGCAACCAAAGAAAUUAUACAAACAGACACACAAACCCACAGCUCGGCCACUGAAAACCAUACUUCUGUACCCAGAUAAUGCAUUGUGAUUGUACAUGUCUGAUUCUAGCCUGCUGAUUCUGUAUCCGUAAUUGGUGUACCAGCCUUGGAAGAUAAGGGGCUAAAUGGCAUCCCAAUAAACUGAAAUUGAGAAUAAUAACCUUAAACGUAACAAUGAAAAUACCGUUGGAAAGAAAAUGACGUCACAAACCAUUGGCGGUUGCCAACUCCGCGUCAGAAUGAGCCAACCGCUGCAUGGCUGUUGGCGCAAUGGCUACCGGGAAAUCUAACCUCGUACCCAGAACGGUUACUGUGGUGUCCCGGAUGGACACGUCACGGAGGUUACGAGGGAUGAGACGGUACCUGAAAAAAAAAACCUUUUAUAAAAGUUUGAAGUUAAUUUGCAAAUUCAUGCCCAAGACUAAUUGCAAUACGACACAAUAUAUAGAGUAUACAGACAGUGCAAGUUCUGUUGUAUACUAGUAACCUCCUGUUUUUCUUGAACUUUUACUGUGUUAUUUCCAGCGGUUUGAUCAUCUAGAUCUGAUUCAUGUUGUUACUCUUUGACUUUGAAUGUU